AUGGUCCUGGCAGUCUGUGAGCUCAACACCACAAGCAUGGAGAAGAAGAAGCCUUGGCAGAUAGGAAAGCAAUACCAAGCAGAGGAGACCGCACCCAACACCGGGAUCUGGGGUAGUUUACCCUUGUCUGCCUGGUUUGCUCAGCGUUCGGCCGGUUACGGCUACCUGGUCUACUCUCCUUUUCACCGGUCCUGGACUGCGUGGUACGGGGCCAGCGUGGGGUCUCAUACGGGUUUCGCCAUGCACACGUACCACCGGGAUGCGCCGAUGAUCAGCGCGGAGGAAUAUGAGAAGUAUAGCUAUCCGGUGCCUCGGGAUCAGGUGGAGCUUCGGGAAGAGGCAUCCGGGCCUUGGCGAGACCACCACCGCACAGGCACCGGCGACCACCAAGCAUCGGCGGCCCUGUCCUACCAUCCGAAGUUGCAGGACAUAGGCUUGCAGAAGCAUACGCACGGCCCCGUGUACAUGCAGCAGUAUGGCCUGAGCCCCCCAACUGAGGGCGCCUUUGCUCCGCCAGGGCACAAGACCGGAAGGCUAGAGCUGUCUGUGGGCAACGACACGGGGCUGCAGGCCAACACGCUAAAACCUUGUGGCGAGGGCUGGCUGGUGGGGAUCAUCGCGGAGAGCGGCAACGUCUGCGCGAAGAUCAGCCGUUUGGGCGAGAUCCUGCUUUGGAAGGUCAUCGAGGCCUCGGUUGGCAAGAUGCCCUGCGGCAGCAGCGGCAAGAACUGCGGGGACCAGGCUCCUGGCCGCAUGCUGCGCCUCGCCCGCCUGGGAGUCGACAGCGAGAGCUCGGACUGCGGCCCGGAGCAGCGCUUUCUGAUGGGUUUCGAGAAGUCCGACAAGUCGAGGUGGCUUGUGGAGCUGGAUGGCGACUGCAAGGAAGUCUCGGAGCGGAGCGACGUCACCCUGCACACCCACUGGCCGCUCUAUCAGGACUGGACCACCACGGCCGAGGGCGCCGUCGCGUGGGUGACGAGCUGGCACCUGGACCGGGAGGGGCGCUGGGGCCCCGUGAAUAGCCCCAACGGCGUGUGGCCCUACGAUCCGAAGCCGAUGAACGAGGACGCGCACGAGGCGUCCCCAGAGACGCCCCUCUUCGGGCCAACCCCCGACGCCACGAACGCUGCGAAAAUCACGGUGUAUUAUCCAAGAAGCAUGGCUACCAAGUCCAGCACCGCCAGCACGGCAGCGACCACCACAGUCUCGGCGACCCAGGCGAGCACCUCCAGCUCCGCCGGCACCGGUGGCGACGGCUUCGAGGAAGUGGACGGUCUGGGCCGCGCCUGCCGGGGCGCACACGAGAACGACAACAGCGGGAGCCACUACCAAGUCGUCGCUUCUGGCUCCGGGUCCCUGGAGCUCUGCAAAGAGGCCUGCCUGCUGGAGCCUCUCUGCAACGGCCUGGAGUUCUCUCGUGGGCGCUGCGAAGUUUGGACGCGGCCGGGUGGCAUCCGCGCCACGAAAGCCCUGAGCAACUUCCGCUGCCUACGCUACGAGCCACCUGGAGCCAGCUCUUUCCAACCGAUGGAUGGCGGUCUUGGACGCACCUGCAGAGGGGCAAACGCCAAUGACAACUCCCCCAGCUACUACAGCACUCACGAAAACGUCGACAGCCUCUUCGAGUGCAAGGCCUUGUGCUUGAAGAAUGCAGAGUGCAAGGGGAUCGAGUACGGCUUCCUGCUGCGCCGAUGCGAGGUUUGGACCCGAGCAGUCCAAGCCACAGAGAGCGUCGAAGGCUUCGCUUGCUGGGCGCGGGACACCGACUUCCAGCCCGUAAGUGGAACCGACCAGGCCUGUCGAGGCGCUCACAGCAAGGACAAUUCUGCGAACUACUACACGGUGGUUCGGGAGCAAAGCUUGGACGCAUGCAAGUUGGCUUGCACUGGACGUACCGACUGCAAGGGAAUCGAGUACUCUGCCGGCCGUUGUGAAGUGUGGACACGACCAGAAGGCAUUCAGGCUACCUUCCCGCUCAAAGGCUUUUCGUGUUUGCGAUACCAGCCUUCUGCUUCCACAGCGGCUCUGGUGCAGAAGAAAUCCCGCUCUCGCCGCCACUUUCUUGGCCCUGCCUUCCUGCAGACAGGCUACCAGCCAUCCGUGACAGAGUUCACGGAGGGCGCAGUUACAGAGCUCUGA